CGCGCCAAAGCCCCGUUUAUUCGAGCGUCGGCAGUGCAAGUGAACGGAACGAAGACUCAUUCAGUAUUAGUAGCAAAAGGAGAAGAGGAAGAAGGAAUUAACAGUUAAACGCGCAGCGCAGGCGUCAUUAACGAAUUUCACCAUGUUGGAUAUAAAAAACUGCCUGAAGAUCAGCUAUCAAGGCGAAGUGAGCUUCAUCAUCUGCGACGCGGGCAGCAGCUACGAGGAAAUCAUUAGCCAAGUCUGUGCUCGCUUCCACAUACCCGAGACGCAGCGGGCCGGCCUGAUGCUAACCAAUGGCCAGGGCUAUGAGUUCGAAAAGCACCUGUUGGAGUACUUUCUGGUGUUGUUCCCCUGCCCGGAGCUGCUGUUCCAGCUGCGCAUCAACUGGCAAAGGCUGCGCCGUGCCCUCCUCGAGCCCGUCAAGCGACGGCGCUCCACGGGUGACUUAGUCGAUGCCCAUCUGCGAUCUGAAGCUGAAGCUGAUCCCACGGCGGAUUAUGAGGCGGUACCAGUGCAUCGUCAGAAUUGCUUUAUCGGCGCUCUGCCCGGCAGCGCUCUGGCUGCUGCAGUGCGUCAACAGAGUCGCUAUCUCCAGCAACGGCAGCCACAAGCAACGUCCGGGACGCUACGUCGACUCCGGCCGGAACAGCCGGAGCCACAAGCGGAACCCAAGCGAAUGCGUCUUCAGCUGGCCAACAGAUCGCGACGAUCGGCUCCCAGCGCUGGCCCCACUACAUCCCUCCUAACAACAGCAAAGCGCUCCAUACGCAUCUAAGCCAAAGAAGCAACUAGUCUGUCCCCUCAACCAGGACGAAAUUGUAUAUAGAAAAUCUUCAAUUUUUUUUUUUUU